AUGUCAGCGACCGGUGACCGGACGAUUAAGACGGCGGCAUGCCUGAUUAUUGGCGAUGAAGUGCUGGGCGGAAAGACAGUUGAUACCAACUCGGCGUAUCUGGCAAAAUGGUGUUUUUCACUCGGAAUCAACUUGAAACGCGUCGAGGUCAUCGAAGACGACGAGAGUGAAAUCAUGGAAGCCGUGAGCCGAAUGAGCAACCGCUAUGACUUUAUCGUUACCAGCGGAGGCAUCGGCCCAACACACGACGACAUCACCUACUCAUCCAUUGCCAAGGCCUUUGGACUCCCCCUCAAGCUCCACCAAGAGACCUUUGAGAAGAUGAAGAAGCUGUCAAAGCCAAAUCCGAAGCAGCCGAACUUUGACUGGAACGUCGACUCCCCGGCUCUCAGGGCGAGGCUCCGCAUGGUCGAGCUCCCAACAGACGAAUCGCGCGACCUCGGGGAGCAAGUCGUCUUCCCGCAAGAAGACCUCUGGGUUCCCGUUGCGGUCGUCAACCGGAAUGUGCACAUCCUUCCCGGAGUACCGCUGCUCUUCCAGAAACUGUUGGAUGGAUUGAAGCCCCACGUCCUCCCCAGACUAGUCGAUCCCGAAGGCAAAGGAAUCCAUCGCAUCAUGAUAUCCACGCCGCUGCCGGAGAGUUCGGUCGCGGAAUACCUCACCACGUUGGCGGCUAGAGUUGAGCCUCACGGCGUCAAAGUAGGAAGCUACCCGCGAUGGGGCAGGAAACGAAAUACAGUUACAUUGGUUGGAAGGGACCAAGCCUAUCUCGAAAGCCUUGUGGCCGAGGCCGAAGAGGCAGUUCAGGGCAAGCGAGUUUCAAAAGAGGAUGAGCUGGACGAGCCUGCCGACAAGACAGAGAAGAAGUUGUAAAGAAGACACAGCCGUUCCAUGUAUGAUGACAUUACAUAUCAACUCAGAUACUGAACAUAUCAAUGACAGUUUCCAACAAAAC